AUGGUUUCGAGUCUAGAGGAGUUGAGCAAAAAGCUACGAGAUAACAAUAAAGGCUUUGCAGAGAGAAGCUCGUUAGAACCUCCAUCACUUCGACCUCCGCCAUCUUUUUCAAAUGGCACAUUCCCAGCAAUGAACUCGGCUCAGCGUGCAGCUCCAGGAUCCUCAUUAUCACCAUCGCUCACUACGCCAUCAUCUCAAGCACGUUCUCGUCAGAAAGUUGUGCUACAACCAGGCCACUCCCCAUUGGACUGGGCUCAUCUAAAUCGAACACAUCCUAAAUACGAACUCAGAGGCGUUGAUCCAUCCACACCACCUCCUCAAUACGUGAAAAUUAAUAAAGAAGAAUUGAAAAAACAUAAGAGUCGGUCUGACUGUUGGACAUGUAUAAAUGGAAAGGUAUUCAAUAUAACUCCCUAUGUAAAUUUUCAUCCUGGUGGUGUUGAUGAAAUUAUGAAAUGUGCUGGAAGGGAUGGUACCUCCUUAUUUAAUAAAUAUCAUAGUUGGGUGAAUGUCGAUCGAAUGUUGGAGAAUUGUAUAAUUGGUGUGUACGUGAAUUAA